GAAUUCAGCAGAAAGUAGAGGCGAUCAGCAACACUUGUGUCUAAAUUUUAUUACCCUCUUAAAAUUACCGCUUUGGUUCAUUUGGUUCUGCAAUAAAACGAAAUGAAUUUUUAGUGGAGUUCCUAUUUUCGGGUACUUGAAUUAAUUGAUCGUCGAUAGUUUAUAAUAUUUAGUGUAAGAAUUUCGAUUUCAAACCAUUAAAAAUUCAUUGAGAAAUUCACCAGAAAGUCAGCUAAAGUUUUUGGCCAAAAAGUGUUUCGUGAGAUUUUUUUUAUUGUUGGCGUUUGACACGAUUUUGUCUUGGUAUUUUGUUUGUGGACGCAAUAAAAAGAAAAAUUUGUUACAAGAAGGAUUUCUCGCUCUGUAUACUCAACCGAUGAAGGAUAUUGUCAAACAUUAAAUUAAAUUGAAACUUUUGCGUUAUUUAAUAGUGUAACAUGUCGCAAUCAGCUAUCAAUUCGCUGAGACAGUAUCGUUUUAAGAAAAAUGUGCCCACAAUAUCGAACAACGAGAAUGGUGAAAAUAAGUCGAAAGAAACCGUGUUUAAGUUAGCGCCAAAUCGUAAGAGGAUUCAUACGGCAGUGGAUAGCAGUGGUGAUGAAGAGCCAUCAACAAAUAAGACCGAUCUGACUGUCAAGGAGAAAGAGGCACGUUUGAUUGCAGUGAAACAGGCGCUACCACAAUGCGAUACUAUGCUAUGCCAGGAUGUCCUUGCACGUCAUAACUGGGAUGUCGAGAUUGCAAUCAGUAUUGUCUCCGAAAAAACGGGUAAAAAACGUCGCACUGAUUUCGGUUCACCUGUUCCGGACGCGCCGUCGGUUUCACAGGCAGAGUUGACGGCGACCAGCAAGUUGUCGCCAGCCAAAAACGAAGAAACUUCUGCAGUCCAUCACCAAGCAAAACAAUUGAGCCAAGGAGUCGGUGCUUCCGUUUCGAGUGCGACCAGUGCUGCAUGUACUCCGCAAACAUUAGGUAAUUCAAGUCAGUACAGAUCCGGCCAACAAAAUGCAUCAAAGAAAUUGGUUAAGAAACGACGUACCGACUCCGAUAGCAAUGCUGACAGCGAUGAUGAUGAGUCAGCCCGUCCGAAAGAUCGAGUUUUCAAUAGUGACGAUGAUGAUAGUGACGAAGAGCAUCAAACUUUCCAUAUGACGAAGGAUCGACGUGAGGUGUUCAAUUUCAUCAACAAAGGAUCGCUGACCGACCUGCAAGCAGUCAAAUCUUGUACCUCUAAGAAAAUCGAUGCAAUUUUAGAGUUGAGACCGUUCCGCGACUGGCAGCACAUGAUGCAAAGUUUUCAGGGGGUCAAGGGACUGUCAGCCGAAGUGUUAAAUCAUUGCCAGGACUAUCUCGGUUCGCGUAACAGUAUGGUCAAGGUGAUGAAGAAAUGUGAAAGUAUUUGUAGGCGGCUGGAGAGCAGUGUAGCAGCUGGUGGUGGUCUGUUCAGUCAGCCGUCAAUUUUAAAUCCGAAGUUUAAGUUAGCCGACUAUCAAUUGGUCGGCCUGAACUGGCUGGUCGUGAUGAAUCAAGAACAAACAAAUGGAAUAUUGGCCGACGAAAUGGGACUGGGGAAAACGAUUCAGGUGAUUGCGUUCCUCGCCUAUUUGAAAGAGACCGGCAAGGCAAAAUAUCCGCAUUUGGUUGUGGUUCCCUCGUCAACACUAGACAAUUGGGACCAGGAAUUCGCAAAAUGGUGUCCGAGUUUAGUGGUGGAUAAGUACUACGGCAGCGCCGACGAACGCCGUUCGCUGCGGAUAAAAUACGUCAAAUCCAAACUCGAAGGCGUUGAUGUGGUGCUCACAACAUAUCACACGGUCAGUUCGACACCGGAAGAGCGGAAAAUGUUUCGCGUCACUCAAAUGCACUAUGUCAUCUUUGACGAGGCGCAUAUGCUGAAGAAUAUGACGACACAACGGUACGCUAAUCUCUAUACCAUCAAAUCCGAACGACGGUUGCUCUUGACGGGAACUCCGUUGCAAAAUAAUUUGUUGGAAUUGAUAUCGCUGUUGUGCUUUGUCAUGCCGUCGCUAUUCGCUUCCAAGUCCGAUGACAUUAAGACUUUAUUCCGGCAAAAUAAACAAAUCAAAGGCGAGGAUGAAGUGUCAACAUUCGAACAGGAUCAAAUCUCUCAGGCGAAACGUAUUAUGAAACCGUUUGUAUUAAGGCGAUUGAAAGCCGAUGUUCUGGGAUCGCUGCCACCGAAAACGGACCACACGAUCAAGGUACCGCUAUCCGCGUCACAAAAGGAAAAGUACAAAGACAUGGUGAGUGUCCACUCCAGCGAAAAUGGCAUAGUUCGGGCGACCAACGAACAUUCGGGAAUGUCAAUUAUGAUGGACAUGCGCAAAUUGUCCAAUCAUCCGUUGCUGAUGCGAUAUUACUACACGGAUGAGAAGGUGUUCGAACUGGCGAAGCGGCUGUCUACUCAUCCAUCAUGGAAAAAGACCACGAAUCCUCAGCACAUUUUCGAAGAGUUGGCCAUCUGUUCCGACUUUCAGUUGUAUCAAAUGAUCGAGAAAUAUAACAUACCCCGAAUGGACAUUCCCGCCGGAUUGAUUUUAGAUUCUGGCAAAUUUCGAGAGCUCGACCGUCUGUUGGCCAAAUUGAAAGCCGAAGGUCAUCGGGUCUUGAUCUUCAGCCAAUUCACCAUGAUGUUGGACAUUCUGGAACGUUAUCUGGAUAUACGGGAUCAUGGCUACUUGCGCAUUGAUGGACAGACUGCCGUCACUGAGCGCCAAGAUCUUAUCGAUCAAUAUAUGGGCGAUUCGGAUAUGUUUGUGUUUCUAUUGUCGACCAGAGCCGGUGGACUGGGUAUCAAUUUGACUGCUGCGGACACGGUGAUUAUCCAUGACAUUGAUUUCAAUCCGUACAACGAUAAACAGGCUGAGGAUCGUUGUCAUAGAAUGGGACAAACCAGGCCGGUGACAAUUUAUCGUUUAGUGUCCGAAGGUACAAUCGAAGAAGGUAUGCUGCACGUUGCAAAGGAAAAAUUGAAUCUGGAGAAGGAAGUUACCAACGAGAAUGAGAACAGCGUCAAAGAGCACAAAUGUAUGGUUCGUUUGCUGACAAUGGCGCUGGGAAUGGAUGAGGAGAAGGCAGACAUUAUUUUAAGUCCAACGAAACCGACAAAUGCUGGUGCUAAUUAUUGAGAAGAAAAAGAAGAAGGAGAAGAAGAAUGAAUUGAGGCUGGUCGGGUUUGAUGUACCUACGUAAUUUAUUGUUCCGAAAUAUUUUUUUUUUAGUAAAUUAAAGAAAAUACGAAA